AUGCAGCAGCAGAAUGUCGAAGCCGGAAAGGCUUUUGAGCAGGCCGCACAGAUCCAGACCGAGAAGCUCAAGGAGCCCGAUGACGCCGCAAACACCCUCGUCGAUGCCUUCAAGGCCUACCGCAAGGACGAUCCCCAAGCCGCCGCCAGGUGUCUGAACGUGGCCGUCGACCGAUACUGCGCCAAGGGUAACUUCCGCCGCGCUGCCUCUCACAAGGAGAACCUGGGUGAGCUGUACGAGGUGGAUCUCGGCGACGCAAAGAGCGCGCUCGAGUGCUACGAGCUGGCUGCUAGUUGGUACGAGGGUGAUAAUGCCACGGCUCUUGCCAACAAGCUCUGGCUCAAGGUUGCCGACGUGGCCGCCAUCGAGGGCGACUACUACAAGGCCAUCGAAAAGUACGAGCGCGUGGCGGAGCAGUCCAUCAACAACAACCUCAUGAAGUACAGCGUCAAGGACUACCUCCUCAAGGCGGGCAUCUGCCACCUGGCCAGCGGCGACCUGGUGGCGGCCCAGCGCGCCCUGGAAAAGUACCGCGACAUGGACCCCUCGUUCGCCGCCCAGCGCGAGCACCAGCUCCUGACGGACCUUUGCGAGGCCAUCGAGGCCAAGAGCCAGGAGCAGUUCACCGACCGCCUGUUCCAGUUUGACCAGAUCAGCAAGCUCGACAAGUGGAAGACGACUAUCCUGGUGCGCAUCAAGAACUCUAUCGAGGAGGCGGACGAUGAGUUUGCGUAG